GGCAGAUGGAGAAUCAUCGCGAGUUCAAACGUGACGAUUUUCUGACUUCCAAGUUUGCUACCAUCAUAAUUUUGGUUACAGCAGGAUCUUGAUAUUUGUGGUAGUACUCAUGCCAUUCAUUUGCCGGUGUGAGAGAGACUUGCCUCGACCGCAAUGAAAUGUAGACCAAAAUUUUCUUCGCAAAAGAAAUCACAUGUUUAAAAAGGGGCAUGGAGGAAGAACAUACAUGCGACGUCGACGAUAACCUUAAUCUUAUCAAACACGACACCCUCGGUCCCGAGCUACCACGCCGCUACCGCUACAUCCACUUUUCAACACCUCGAACGUCAUCUUUAUGACCCCAGGUACUUGAUAUAUUGAUUGGAAACGUAAGUCGUUGGAAAAGAGUAACUGUUAUGCAAUAGAAGUUCAGCUCUCGCAGACAACCACGCAAUGUAUCCACUAUCUGCUAUCUAUUGCUUCAGCGAGCUUAGUAUGACUCAAGAGCUAUUUCGUGAAUACAUAAGACAGCAAUGUCUUUUUACGUUCAUGUAUUUGAUUCUACCUUCCGGCACGCAAGAAAUACAAUCAAUUUAUUGAGUACAUUACCCAGUCGCCAAUCAAAGAUCCAAUAUGCCACCUCCACAGGGCCGUCGUACCUCAUUCACUCCACACCCUGGAUGGGCAGCAGUGGAUGAAUACACAAUGUCAAAACUUCAUUCCACUCGAAAACCAAAUCAUGAAACUCUCGCUCACGCUCUUCGAAAUUCCUCGGAUAAAGGUCUCCCAUCAAUAAGUUCGUCUCCUGCACAAGGGAAAUUCCUCGCGUUACAAGUAAAAUCUAUGAGAGUUCAACACGUGCUGGAAGUUGGAACUUUAGGUGGAUAUGCAUCGAUUUGGAUUGCUACUGAAAAUCCAGACUGUAAGAUUACCACGCUGGAGUUCGACCCCAAGCAUGCAAAAGUAGCCCGCGAAAAUAUUGAGCACGCUGGAGUGAGUGAUAGAGUUGAGGUUUUGGAAGGGUCAGCGGUGGAUAUACUACCUGGAUUGUUGAAGGAGAUUGAAGAGGGAAAGAGAGAGAGAUUCGGAUUGACAUUUGUUGAUGCUGACAAGCUCAACAAUUGGACAUACUUUGAUUACGGAGUCAAGAUGAGUUAUCCCGGAGCUGCGGUCUUCCUGGAUAACAUGGCCUGCAGGGGGGAUCUAGUUAGAGAAGAUCGAUUGGAUGAUCCUCACGUUGAAGGUGCAAGAACAGCAAUCGAGAAUGCUGGGAAGGAUGAAAGAGUCGAUUGCGUAGUGAUGCAAAUCGUUUCUGAGAAGAAUUGGGAUGGGUUUUUGAUGGCUGUUGUCAGAUAAAUUGCUUAGAAGACUAUUAGUUGUCUUUGUUUACAAUUUUAUUUUAUUUAAACGAGCUCUUUUCCUCCGUGGCUGGCCAGUGCUAGGCAAUUGCGCCCAUUAUUCAGGCUACAGUCCUAAUAUAUUGGAAUAUAAUCUACCUAAUUUGAACUCAAGAUCA